UUUUAUCCUAUUUUCGUGAUUAUUUAAAAAACUGAUUAUUACAAAUGUCGCUACAUGAAAAUAAUAAUCUUUUUGACUCACUUUUUGAAAACUUUACAGAAGGUUCAGAGGAGUCAAAUAAUUAUGUAGACAGUGAUAAUGUAAGCGAUGACUAUGAGUUUUUAGAUCCUUGUAUUGACUUGGAAGAAUGUAAUGUAAGUUUUUUGCAUAAAAUAUUUAUAGAUAAUGAUGAAAUUAGUAGUUCUGACUCAGAUAAUUAUGAAUUUGAUCUUGAAAGUGAAGGCGAAAGUGAAAUUGAGAGUCAGAAUGACAUUUAUAAUAAUAGUGGUGAAUUUGAUGAAAUUAUAAAUAAUAUAGAACAAAAAGAGUUAACGGCAUGUGUAGUAAUUGAUUUUUUUGAUGGAAAAUUUCAACGAUGUGGAAAUAAAGAAGGAAAUAUAAGACAAUUACGUAAUCUUAUUGGGACAUGGCAAGUGGAUCGAGAUGUUAUUAGAGAAGUAGAUGGUAAUUUACAAAAAUUGGGUGUUUGUGAUUUACAUUUUCAAUUUGACAAUAAAUACCUACAUAAUUCAAAAGAAAAACAAUUAAAAAAG